AUGGAAGAUUUCCAGUACUUGUCAGCCAACGAAAACUACGCUGAAUCUUCCCUAUCGACCCCUCCAAGUAGACAAAAUGGCACCCAUUCUUCAGGGAUUACUUUGGUGCUACCACCGCUCAAGCUAGGAAGGCCGGUAAAAGGAGGGAAGAAGGUGAAAUCAAAGAAUGGGAGCUCCCUCCAGGAUCCGGAGGUUCGAAAGAUCCCGCGACCGGUCAAACUGAAGCCCUUGAAAGAGGUUUUGACAAAGCUAAUCACUCAGAUCAAGAAGAGGGACAGGAAAGACGAUUAUGCAUUCUUCAUAUCACCUGUGGAUCCUGCCCAGAUUCCGGGAUAUGCAGAUGUGAUAAAACGUCCAAUGGAUCUUGGAACUAUGUCUGCGAAGGCCGAUUUCCGUCUAGUCACUUCCAAUGCAAAGACGUUUAAUCCGCCUGGGACGAUAUAUCACAGCGAAGCCGAUAGAAUAGAAGUAUGGGGCUUGGACCAUAUCUCAAAAGCUGCGGGCACUGUCAUCGAAUACGAGACGGAUUGGAAUAUAGAGAUCGAGCAAGAUGAUGAGGCGGCUCUUAAUGUGGAUGAUGAUGACGAUGGUGCGCAUACCAUGACACCGAUGGAUGUCGACGGCAGUGCUGCGGCAUCGCCAGCUCCAUCGUUGAUGACGCCAGUCACACAAACGAAACGAGGUCCACGAGGCCCGUACAAGAAAGGAGCCGCACCCACCAUCUCUGAAAGUAUCGACGCCGAAGGGCGCCUCCCCGGCUCUAAAGACGGCUUGGGUGCAUUCCCUCCAGAGUCAGACUGGGCAAAAAUGAUGCUGUCACUGAAAUUGAAAGGGAAGCGAUACCGCACGAAAAAGGAAAGACUCAGAAUGGAGAAAGGGGGUCCUCCCUAUUGUCCUGAUGGUAGUCUUGAUUACACUGAAAUGGAAGAUCCCUUUUCCAUCCUCUCUUCUCUUGUCCCAGAUUCUCCUCGCCGUCCUCAACUCACUCCGCUCUAUCCACCGCUACCCCCAGAGGUCUCCUCGGAGGGAUCUCUUCCACCCCCGAUCAGUGCACCCCUAAAGCGGCCUUUUCUAGAGAUUUCUACAACAACAAAGGACACCAGUUCCGUAUUACCAAACAAGAGGCGACGUCAUUGGACUAUCAUGCGGAAUGCUCCCGCGCGGGGAAAAGUAAAAGAGAAAGACGACGAGUGCUUCACCCCGGCAUGGAAAGUCCCACGUGAACCCAAUAAUACUGAUUAUGGCUCUUUUGGGACGUUGGUGGGUGAGGUUGCUGAAGAGACCGGUGCGAAGGAUGUUUCUACUGCUUUGGGAUCUGAGAACAAACUGUUUUCCGCCAUCCGUUCGUCUGUGGAGUCUAAGAUUAGUGACUCGGAAAAUGGCGCAGAUGCUUCAUCAACGGGGGAUGAAUAUUGGACCGAUGGAAGGGCAGUUGAAGCAGAGCAGUAUAUUACGGAUAUUGUUUUUGGAGGUGUAGAUGGCUGGGCAUAUGUCAGGAGCUUGGCGGCUUUCAUGGAUGGUUCAGAUUUAUCGGUGAAUAUGACAGUUUAUCGGCAGGAUGAUGUGUCGUACCCUCUUGGGAAGCCACUGGUAGACUAUGUCUCGGACAUGAUAUUGGAUCCUAUAACGGAAGGUCGGCACAGCGUUCUGCGCGAAAUAGCCGCCCACCUCUACGACUGCGCUCGGCCGGUCUCGCCAUCGCUCUCUUCCCAGCUCUCGACGUCAUUAACCAUAUACCCACCUGCAUUCAAAGAGCUCAACGCCUUGCGCCAAAUUUACGCGCAGCAGCUCGAGAUGGCCACUCUCAUUCGCGGCCCUGCAGAGUUAUUUGUCGCAGAGAAUGAAUGGGCGGGCGCCUCGUAUAAAGAGGAGAGACGAAAGAGGAUGGAACAGGAGCGCGAGCGCGCUCUAGAGGCGUCUCUGACGAAGAAUGCCGCUGAGUACCUGGCGCUUGCUAUCAAGAGUCACAAGGAGGACGAGACGCCGACGAGCAACUUGGCGCUGUAUGAAGGGCCUGAUGUCAUGGAUCACGCUCUGACGUUCUCUGCUGAUGCGAUCAUGGAGCUGAGCGGUAGAAUUGACGAACGUGAAUCACAAGUGAAGGCGGAGCCGGAUGUGGAAGAAGGUGGAUCAAUAGACGUUAUGGGCGCUCAUGACGAGGAUCCGUCACUUAGAAAGAUCAGGCUCAAUUUGCUGGCUUUGGCGAAGAGGGCACCGUUGGACAAGAUAGCUAACUUACCUGCAGACCUUGUUCCGCCACACAUACGUAAUUAUGUGCCAACUAUAUGAUGGCUCAACACUGUCUUAUCAUUAUGAAAGUAAAAAUUGCUGUAGAUUAUUUUACAAAAUGAAAAUAGUAACCGUCGGGAUCCUUUACAGCGGAAAACGUCCCAGAGGAAAAGAUCAGCAAAAAAAAAUCGGUAGAAGAUACAGAGCAAAUACAUCUGCAAGACAAGUGUGAAGGGGUACUGUGCGUGACGACAAACAACAGAGAGAGAGAAAGCAAUACAGGUAUCAUCAAUCCAGAGAUUAGAACGUCCGGAUUUCUCCACUACCGUAGCGGGAGAUUUGCUGGGGGUUCCAGCGUUUGGCUAAACUUAUAGCAUCACGUAUUCUCUCUCUCAUCGCUUCUACCUGCCAAUUUUCGUAACUUUGAUAGCCCAUCGGCCAACAGAGCUUGAACAACCAUUGCUCCAAUAUUUGUGGCGUCCAUUGUACACCGUUAAGUUUCGUUCCGUGUCGUAGCAUUGCAACGAUAUCUGUUGGAUCUUCUUUCUUGUAGCGAACUAGUUUCAGCGCCACGCCCCAGAACAUUGUGACACUGAUCAGAGUCAGGCCGGUAGACUUGUAGAUAGUGUUCAUGGCGAGGUUAUUAGGUUGCUUAGAAUCGUAAUAAAUGGGGUCGUAUAAUUGUCCUUUCGUGCUGGGAACCAACGGUAGGGUUGAUAAGGGUUUGGCUGGAAGGGUGAAUCAGCGAUGACACUCACUCUCGAGCAAAGGGAAGGGCUACGUCAGGAUCAGCAUUCAUCCAGUCGGUCCUGUCAGCAAGUAUCAGUACAGUGCUACGCCAUGGAGCGAGUCAUACGUUGAAAUUUAGAACAUACCCUAUGCGAAAUUUUUUUGCGGUGGCAGAGAUGCAAAACUGGAGCUUGUCUUCGGCGUCGUAAACCCC